AAAUAGGCUACAAAACUUGCACGAAGUCAUGCAACCUGACAAUUGAAUCCAUGCAAGUGAACGACGUGAACGCACAUAAGCACAAUUCCGUCGAUAUCCUUAAGCAUGGAUGAUGAGCCAUUGACAUGGUGGUCUUCGUCUUCCAGGGUGGGACAUCACCGUGAUUUGAACGUUGAAGAGGUGUACCGUGAAAGUCACCGACUUGCUGUAGAGCACUUGGUAGCAGGCGGAGUUGACGCAUACAUGGGAUUCUUGAAGAAAGAGCGAGUACAAAACUUUCUUUCAGAUGACGAGAUCAAAUUUAUCUUGAAGUCCGCCGUUGUUCCCGAAAGUACACCACAGCCAGGGGAUGCCAGAAAUUGUGUGGUGCCCGAUGCCACCUCUCUUGUCUAUUUCCCUGACGUGUCGGAUAUUAUAGCCCCGUCUCUAGAUAUCGGAUGGUCCGCUAUCGCACCUGGCUCGUCCCGAGGUGUUACCACAGCCACUGCACACUUUCAACCGAACUAUUUUGUACCCAAUAUACCUGUUGAGUGCAUUUACAGCUGCAAAGAGGCGGCGAGAAAGAUGAUAAAAGGCGCAAAAGAGGUAAUCGCCAUAGUGACAGACGCCUUGACAGAUGUGGACAUCUUCCGGGACCUGCAGGAGGCUUGUAUGCGACGCAGGGUUCCUGUGUACAUCCUACUGGACAUUGAAGCUGUACCUUCCUUCCUGCAGAUGUGUAGCAAUCUCAAUGUGCGCUUGUCGGAACUCCAGAAAAUGCGUGUGCGGGCUGUCGCAGGCUUCAGGUAUUUCACACGCUCUGGAGCACGCAUCACUGGAAGGAUUCAUGAGCAGUUCAUGUUGAUAGAUGGGACCAAGGCUGCCAUGGGAACUUAUAGGUUUAGAUGGACAGAUGGCAGAAUCAACACCUGCAACCUGAUUGAGCUGACAGGUGACGUGGUUGAGCAAUAUGAAGUAGAGUUCCAACGCCUCUACAAGAAAUCCCUCGUCGUGAACCCCAAGGCAGUGCUCUCUCCCCCAGUCCUCCAGGCAUCCACUCCCAGCCCAGUCUGUGUAAAGGUCGCACCAAGCCGGGCCCAGGCCCUGGGGGUCGUCCUGAGCUCUCUCACCCCAGCAGCGAAUGUUACCCCACCAGGCACUAAUCCCCCAGUGUCCCGGCCCACCUCCUGCAGCACUUCCACCCAGACCUUAAGCCAGAGUGUGACCCAAGGCACGCAGACUGACCACAUCUCGUCCCAUCGGCCAUGCGUCCUCCUCUCUUCCUCCUCAUUGGAGGACUCAUCUGGCUCCGAGUCUGCGUGCUCCACACACACAGAAGUCAGCCAACUGCUGCUAGCGAAAACCUCGCUGUUAGUUAAGCCGUGCCCCACUCCGACACCUUCCAUCCUCAAGUUAUCAGGUCCUGACCUGUCUAAAGAUCCACUGCAUAGUCAGCACAAUGCUCACCCCCCCUCAAACUUCAGCCAGAUGAGCCAGUAUAACAGGAUAAACCACUUGGACUGCUCUAGUCCUUCUCUAAGGUCUGGGGUGGACAGGGGCUGUAAGAUUCAGCAAUACAUGAGGCCAGGCCGUGGGUUAACAAUGGGGAGCAUGUUAAUGGAUACAACAAUGAGGUCUAGGUUUCUGCAGUAAAGAUAUAAUAAACAUAGAUAUGAAAUGAUACGUAACUACAUGGAAAUGUAGCUGCAACGCUUAGGGAAAAAAAGUACAAGGGUACAACUUAAUGCUGACUGCACUGAGGAAAGCCUAGGUCAGCUAAUCUUACUGAAGAUUUCUCUGAACAAUUUCCCUUAAAAGAUGGAGUGGAUAGAGAAGACCAGUCCAUACACAUAAUGUAGUGUUUUCUUAUGUAAAACAGUCGUGAAUUUGAACAGGUUAGUUAGA